AUGUGGGACAAUCGCACUCAGCACAGCCGGUACCGGUGCCGUGGUUCAAACUCAGCACUAUCACCAUAUCGUAUCAGGCUUCUUCCACUGGGGAGUAAUGCCUUCUUGUACUCUCGGAUGAUUGGCGCCGAGGCAGGUUUCUGGUACAGCACCACGACGGAGGGUAGACAAUGGGUAAUCAAAUACCCGCGUGUCACUCCUUCUGUCACCUUACCACCACACUCGGGCACUGGUGGAGAGGCGUUAUACACUGACUGGGUCAAUGAAUGCAUCUAA